CUCUUAGCAAUAUCAGCAAGUGUUGACUUUUGUGCACAUAGGCACAGUGGGCGUGUUUGACGGUUGGUCUAGCUAUGGAACAUCCACCCUAGAACGUGGUCGCACAGACCGUGAAUGUGAAGAGUCGGCGGUUGAUAAUCGGCGGCCUCUCAUUUUCGACGAGGGUGAACCAUUCACCCUGAGGGUAAGUGAGCGCAUUCCUGAUUGAAUGAAUUGAAUGGACUUAGGUCGGCAAAAACGCAACUAUAAAAUUUCUUGGUUGAGCAAAUAGCCACGACCAAAGAAGUCGUGCCCUGAAAGCUAGACUAAUAUAUGGCCGUAGUUCCACGCAGCCAACACACUGCUUCUUCAGUCAGCCGGAUGUUGCUUCUCGCGGUCCCUGGGUAAGUUAGAGAUACAUCAACCUCCAACCUCCCCCAGCAGCCACAAUCUCCUCGGGAAAUACCCCCCAUCAACCCCCAUCCAACCCCCGGACGACGUACCGUGACGAGUGGAGCCUGAGCUGCUGGCCAGCCUGAGUGAGUGAACGACUUGUCUUGGUAGGGGCACGAUAGGCGUAUUUGGAGGUUCUACCGCAUGACUGGUGACACAGGUCCGGAGCCCGAUCGAAAAUCGACUGGGCGUUGCUGGUAGAUGAGCUGUUAGGCAUACGCUAGUAGUAAGGCUGGCGAUAAUCGCAUAAUCGCCAUGGAGACUCCCCCUGAACCGCGAGAAGAUGCACCAGUUCCCGUGAAGGUCAAGUUUUCGACAAUCUGUCAGAUCAUUAUCAUGCUCGUUCGUAGGACGAGGAAAUCGAUACCAAUUGGGACGAGGCCAUAGAAACGUUCGACAACAUGGAGUUGCGCGAGGAGCUGCUCCGUGGCAUUUAUGCGUACCAACAUUGUUACGAUUCCAAAUGAGUGUUGUCGUCACAUGCCUCAUCAUGUAGGUACGGAUUUGAGAAACCAUCUGCAAUCCAGCAGCGGGUAGGACCCGUGUCUUGCUGAUCGCGACUGUCCCCAGAGUCUUUUUUUUCUCCUCAGGCGAUCAAGCCCAUGUUAAUGGGGCGCGAUGUUAUCGCACAAGCACAGUCUGGGACAGGCAAGACUGCCACUUUCUCCAUUGGUAUUUUGCAGCAGGUAGAUAAUGGUCUAGCUGAGUGCCAAGCUCUAGUGCUAGCGCCUACUCGUGAACUCGCGCAACAAAUUGUCAAGGUCAUGAUAGCCCUUGGUGACUUCAUGUCGGUGCGGAUUCAUGCGUGCGUGGGCGGCACUGCAGUGCGUGAUGACAUACGGACACUGCAGAACGGUGUGCAUGUUGUUGUUGGCACCCCUGGUCGCGUGUACGACAUGAUCAAUCGCCGAGCUCUUCGCCUUGCUGACACAAAAAUAUUUGCUCUUGACGAAGCUGAUGAGAUGCUUUCACGUGGCUUCAAAGACCAAAUUUACGACGUCUUCAAGUUCUUGCCUGAGCAGGUUCGAGUUGCCCUUUUCUCGGCAACAAUGCCGUUAGAAGUUCUCGAGAUCACUAGCCGCUUCAUGCAGGAACCUAUCCGCAUUCUUGUAAAGAAAGACGAGCUCACCUUGGAAGGCAUUAAGCAAUUCUACAUAGCUGUGGAACGAGAAGAAUGGAAGCUGGACACACUCUGUGAUCUCUACGAGACACUCACCAUCACGCAGGCAAUCAUAUACUGCAACACCCGGCGCAAGGUCGACUGGCUCACAGAUAACAUGACUCAAAAAGAUUUUACGGUCUCGGCAAUGCAUGGCGAUAUGGAUCAAAAAGAGCGUGACAUAAUCAUGCGAGAGUUCCGUUCUGGGUCUAGUCGUGUCCUAAUAACCACAGAUCUCCUCGCUCGCGGCAUUGAUGUCCAGCAAGUUUCACUUGUUAUCAAUUACGACCUUCCAACUAAUCGCGAGAACUACAUUCACAGAAUAGGUCGUUCAGGCCGCUUUGGCCGAAAGGGUGUCGCAAUCAACUUCUUGACUUCGGGCGAUGUUCGGUACAUGCGUGAUAUUGAGGCCUUCUACAAUACACAGAUAGAGGAGAUGCCCAUGAAUGUUGCUGAUCUCAUUUAAAACACCUGGCUGCAAAAUAGCACCAGCUAGCACGACAGCGGAGAAGAAUUGACGGGUCCAGUGUUGCAAUGAAAAAAAAAAUUCGGCUGGGGCCUUAGCCGCGUUUAUACUGACGGGUGAUCUGCGGCUCUGGCUCUACCUGUGCCUGGUUUCUGCUUGGCUUCUCCUGUAGCUCCCUCCCCGUUCCGAUACGACCUUCGACGGCGCAGGGCGGCCGACGACUAAUCCCAAUACACCACUAGGAUGUAGGUUAAAGGGGAAACGUAGCUUC